GCACGCACGCACGACGCUCCUACCGGCCCGUCUUUACUCCGCUGACUAGUUUUACUUUUAUUUAACAUGCAUUUAUCGCAUUUAUCGCAUUUAUCGGGAUCUUCCGCAAUUUACAGUAACAAUGAAGCAGGAAUCUGAGUUCCUCAGCAGCUCGGGUGAUGGAGGAGUACAUGGUUCUGGGGCAGGUUGGAGAGGGUGCGUUUGGUAAAGCUCUGCUGGUCAGAGAGAAGACAGGUUCAGGGCUCCAGUGUGUGGUGAAGCAGAUCAGCUUGUCCCGGAUGUCCGCUCAUGAAAGAGAAGCAGCCAAAAAGGAAGUGACUUUACUGUCCAGAAUGAAACAUCCCAACAUCGUGGCUUUCUUCCGGUCGUUUCAUGAAAGAAACACUCUCUACAUUGUGAUGGAGUACUGUGAUGGUGGGGAUCUCAUGAAGAAAAUCACUUUACAAAGAGGACAGCCUUUCAGAGAAGAACAGAUCAUAGACUGGUUUGUUCAAAUCUGUUUGGGUCUGAAACACAUUCAUGAGAGAAAAGUUCUGCACAGGGACAUCAAAGCUCAGAACAUCUUCCUCACUCAAGGAGGGACAAAAGUCAAACUCGGAGACUUUGGCAUCGCAAGAAUGUUAAACAACACAACGGAGCUGGCAAGAACCUGCGUCGGGACGCCGUACUAUAUUUCUCCAGAGAUCUGUGAGAACAGACCAUAUAACAACAAGACAGAUAUCUGGUCUCUCGGCUGCGUCCUCUAUGAGCUCUGCACACUCAGACACCCAUUUGAAGGCAGCAGUUUGAGGCAGCUGAUUGUGAAGAUCUGUAGAGGACACUACACUCCAGUAUCACAGCGUUACAGUGCUGAUCUCAGGUUGCUGCUCUCACAGCUGUUUAAGGUCAGUCCCCGAGAUCGGCCCUCGGUCAACUCGCUGCUGAAACGGCCGCUUCUGCACAAACACAUCAGCAAACACCUGGACCCACAGUUCAUGGAGGAGGAGUUUAGUCACACGGUUCCACACCGAGACAAACCUUCAGCACUGCCUGAGCACAAACCCCCUGCAGUUACACCAAGGCCCAGACCAGAGAGAAGAUGUGUAGCAGCCAAGCCUUUCUGCACACAGAGUAAAAAAGUGAUGGUUCAUGCAGUAGAAGUGGGAAAGUCAGGAGAAGGAGCGCAGGCUCAGUUUGACCCCAAGCCGAGUGCACAGCUGCAGCACUACAGGCAGCAGCUUGACCGUCGGGACCAACUGCAGCACCAGCUACGUCUUCAUCAGCCUCCUCUUCUGCCUCGUCUCUCAGCACAAGAACCCGUGGAUCUGGAGAAGCCGUCCAACAGACCGAUCGCCCUGGAGCCGUUUCAGCUUGUGGCAGCAGCAAGGGAGGAAUAUCUGCAAAGACGACAAGAAGCCAACAAGUACAAAGUCAGGGCAGAAAAACAGCUGGGUCUGAGGCCCAGUACAGCAGAUGCUGAACGGUACAGACUGUGUGAGAGAGUCACUCCUCCACCUCAGCACGCAGCACAGGACAAAAUACACGGACAAAAGGAGUAUCUCAAGCAGUUGCAGCAAAUCAGGCAACGUUAUCAGGAUGAGAUCAGAGAGAUGAGGCAGAGAGCCAACACUGAGGUCCAGACAAACGUAACUGGGGAAGAUAUGGAGCAUCCUACAGGAAAGCAAAGUCUACCAUCCAGUGAAGAGCAGAAGCCUGCAGACAUGGAAAAAGCUCUGAAGCGGAUUCUGGUGCAGAACCAGAAAGAGCGGAGAGACCUGCAGAAAAAAUAUAAAAACAAGAAAGGAGUCAUGUUUGAGAUCAAGCUACAAGAGGACAGAAUGCAGCGAGAAGAAGACGACGAACCGGAGAAAAGGGACGAAAAGAAUGAGGACGAUCCUCUGAACAAAACGCUGAAAUUUGAUGCCGAGCUGCAUUUAUGGAGACCUGGAGGUGAGACGGAAACCAAACCUGAAGAAGGACUCGAGGAACAAAGGAGUGAAGAGGAGACGUGUGAGAAAAGAGGGAUGUGGCGGCAUGAAGCUCCUCAAACUCUCCUGAACGCUCUCGCAAACAUGGAGAUCUCAUCCACCUGCACCACAUAUUCAUCUACACAGGUCAUGGCUACCGAACAGGAGGAGGCGGAGCAAAGUCCAGAAGGGAGGAGAAAAUGGACAGACUGCCCUCCUGAUACACUUCUUAAUGCCCUGGCUCAGGCACAGCUCACCUACUCGACACUGGGAACAGUCGCCCCGCAUCGAGGUGAAGGAAAAGUGACGGAAGACAAGAAAACAGACGACGCUGAUGACGAAGGAGAGGAAGACUCAGAUGUCGAGGUGGAUGAGGAGCGUCUGGAGCCCCGUUCAGAUGAUGACGAUACGAACUUUGAGGAGUCAGAGGAUGAGCUGAGGGAGGAGGUGAAGGACUCCAUGAGAAACCUCUUCAUUAUGGCGGACGACGAGGAGAUACAGAGCAUUAAGACGGAGGAGGAAAGCGAGGCUCUCGCACCAGAGGCCUUGGAUCCGAGUCCAUCCUACGCUGAGUGAAGGGGAAAAAAACAUCAUGACCCAGAACCCAGAGGAUGGAUAGCAAUUAGAAAUGUGACCAGAAGCAGUAACAGUGUCCUGUUUUUAUUGUUGAAAACACAGGAAGUUGUUUAAUAAUAGUGAUUUAAUCAUUAAUCAGCAUUUGUAAUAAAAAGUGUUGAAUAGUUAAGCAAAAGUUACGACGCUGUGGCAAUGUGUUGACGCAGAAAGUAUUUUAAUGCAAAUGUAAGAGAGAACUGGAGCGGAGUGACUGGUAUUGGCCAUCUUUCCCCUGAGCACCUGAACAACACGGUGUGCCAAGCUUGGGGUAAAGGAACAAUAAGGCUGAAAUGAAGCAUUAUGUACUAUAUAUUAUAUAUAGUAUAUUAUAGAAGCAUAUGAUGCUAACACGAGUUUGAGAGUGGUACAAACUUAGGAACACCUUCACACCUAAUCAUUCAUGUAAUCAUUCCAGCAGCCAAUCAUGUGACAGCAGUUUCAGGUAAUGUUCAGUGUUCUCAGUUACAGGGCUGCAGGAACUAAUAAACACU